AUGACUCAACGGUAUACCAACAAAUCAGACGAAUUAUCGGACUUAUCGGAUGAUGAUUAUGUUCCGUAUGUGCCAGUGAAGAAGCGUAAACAACAGGAGUUGACAUCACUUCAGCGUGUUUUAGGAAAUUUAGCUUACACUGAAGUCCCUGAAGAUGAAUUAGACAUAGCCAAUACAACUGAGCAAAUUGAAGAUGAUGAAGAAGGCACGGUUAAAAAAUCCUCAGAUGAUAAUCAUCAUGGACCUAAUGCACAAGGAAGUUUAUUUGACAGAAUGUGGGAACUAAAACGAAAAGCUGAAGAAAGGAAAGAAACGGAACGGGAUAAAAAAUUGAAAGAAGAAGCUAAAAUUUUAGAAAGUGUUGCUGAAAAGACUGCUCUAAAAGGUGUUGCAGAAUUAGCAAAAGGUAUCCAAUAUGAUAAACCAAUUCAGACUAGCUGGGUACCACCUGUAUACAUUCGUGAACAAAGUAAUGAGAAGUCUGAGGAAAUUCGCAAAAAGCAUCGAAUUUUAACUGAGGGUGAAGAUGUGCCUGCUCCAAUUCGACAUUUCACUUCGAGGGAUAAAAAGCCCACACCGAUUCAAAUGCAAGGUCUACCAGCUGUAUUGAGCGGUCGAGAUAUGAUUGGUAUUGCAUUCACUGGAUCAGGGAAAACGAUGGUGUUCUCUAUUCCUAUUAUCCUAUUUUCCAUGGAUCAAGAACAGAAAAUCCCAUUCAUUCCCAAUGAAGGUCCUUAUGGUUUAAUCUUAGGUCCAUCUCGCGAAUUGGCUCGGCAAACACAUGAAGUAAUUUGUGGUCUUGUUGAUGGUUUAGUGAAAACCGGUUUUCCAUAUAUUCGUUCUACGUUAUGUAUUGGUGGUAUGGUUGUUAAAGAUCAGGCAGAAGUUUUCAAAAGAUCUGGUGUUCAUAUUUUAGUUGCUACACCAGGUCGUUUAAUAGAUUUACUACAGCGUAAAAUGAUCAAUUUAGAAGUUUGUCGAUAUCUAGUUUUGGAUGAAGCAGAUAGAAUGAUUGAUAUGGGUUUCGAGGAGGAAGUUCGAACUAUAUUCUCCUAUUUUAAAGGACAGCGUCAAACUCUUUUAUUCUCUGCUACUAUGCCAAAGAAAAUACAAAAUUUUGCUAAAUCUGCCUUAGUAAAACCUGUCACUGUUAAUGUAGGCCGAGCUGGAGCAGCUAGUAUGAAUGUAACUCAAGAAGUUGAGUAUGUGAAACAUGAAGCAAAAAUUCCACACUUACUUGGUGCUUUACAAAAAACUCCACCUCCGGUGAUUAUUUUUGCUGAACGGAAACAAGAUGUGGAUGCCAUACACGAAUAUCUUCUGUUGAAGGGUGUUGAAGCGGUUAGUAUUCAUGGUGGUAAAGAUCAAGAUGAACGUGUAUCAGCUGUCACAGAAUUUAGAGCACAUCAUCGGGAUGUUUUAGUCGCUACAGAUGUAGCUAGCAAAGGCUUAGAUUUUCCAGACAUUAAUCAUGUUAUCAACUAUGAUAUGCCAGAAGAUAUUGAAAACUAUGUCCAUCGCAUUGGUCGUACUGGUCGUGGUCAUCAACGGGGUUUAGCUACAACCUUCAUCAAUAAAUCAGUUGAUGAGUCUACUCUCCUAGAUUUGAAGCAUUUACUCAUAGAAGCAAAUCAACCAGUACCUGAAUUUCUUGUUGAAUUGGCCUCAGCUACGGAGGCUGAACUUGAAAUGGGUGGUGAAGUUGGCUGUGCUUAUUGUGGUGGUUUAGGCCAUCGUAUUACACAUUGUCCGAAAUUGGAAGCUAUGCAGAAUAAGGCUGCUGUUAAUUUAGGUCGGAAGGACUUUUUGUCUUCUGCAGAUUACUGA